AUGUCGUCCCACCCCCUCGAAGCCCUUGACUUAGAUCCAACCAAACCCAACCUCAACACAAGAGACCUAAACUCAAACCUCCUCCACACGGACACCUCCCUCCAAAAGCGCUACACAACAAUCUCAAUCCCCUCAACGUACGGGCGAUUACAGACCAGCCCCGCCGCAGGCACAGUAGUGGGAAUCGUACUGGGCAGCGUAGCAGGCUUCGUACUGCUAAUGUACGUACUCUUCCUGGCGGUGAACCCGGGGGGAAUUGCGCGUGGCGGCGCCGCAGCACCAACCUCAUCCUCGAUAUCGAUGUCGAUGUCGAUGGACGAAGAAGAGAUCGUUGAUGUGCGCGAUCGACGCGGCCCAGGCGCUGGGCGACGGCGGCGCGACGUCAUCGAGGUCACCGAGGAAAGGGAUAGUUUCCGUGAUAGUUAUCGGCGUCGUCCGUCGUCGAGGCAUGAUCGUGUUAUUGUAGAGGAGUCUUUGGCUACUUCUACGACGGGUGAUGAGGAUGUUAUUGAGGUUGAGGAGGAGGAGUCUAGUGUGCCUUCUGAUGUUUCGCCGCGUCCGCCGCGGAGGUCUAGGAGGGGUGGGGUUAGGCAUGUUGACCCCCUUGCCUAUGGUGGGGGUAGUGAUUAUAGUAGUCAGCGGUGA